AGGGAGUGCGUUUAUUCUUAUAAAUUAAAUUUACUCCUCCGAGUAAAUCAACUGCAAGACUCCGUGGGGAGGCGUCAUCCCGAAGGGGCCUAGGGUAAAUGAUAAAUACAUUCCAGCUCCUCUCAAAAGCGGCGCCUUUCUUUGGUGGUGACGCAUUGAAACUUUUACGUAUUCUUUCCUCCUCACCAGCAUCUCUAUUAAACAGUACUGCCACGCCACUUCACCUUAAAAGAAUACGAUCGAAUCCCAUCAAGAAGAUGAAGCAAGUAACUCAAACGAUUCAUAUCCUUUUCGGUAUCAUUUUUCUCGCUUUGUCUGUGACUAAAGUUGAAAGCAGGUCAUGCCAAGCCUACCCUUGUCCAGAUGGUAGCAUGGGCGUUUCUUAUUCUGAAUGUGGUGGUUUUUGUGGUCAAAAUCAGGCUUGCUGUUAAGGCCAACCAUGCUAUGCAAUGUGUGUCUCUCCCCUGCAUGCACCACUGCACAACGUUCAAUCUACUUCUCCUAAUUUGGUAGGCGUGCGCUUCUUUUUGUAUUGAAUGCGAUCCAAGUCCGAUUGUGUUUUUGUAUUUGUGAAGUAUUAUGAAGCG